UCUAUACUCCUUACCUCUUCUAAAGUGAGCUACUCUCAUUGAUCUAUCAUCACACUCCUUCUUCUCUUUUUCGUUGCUGGAGAUUCCAAAACGUCGUCGAAAUCGAACCCAACACGACAGAGUCGUUCCGAAUGGACAAAAUCAACCCUGCUCUUGUGGCCCUCAUGGUCCACCAGUACCUCAGAGACAAUCAUUUUUCUCAAACGUCUUCUAUCUUCCUGAACGAGGCUUCCUCCCUCUUCACUGAUUCGUCGACCAACCAGUUGUCAAAGACUAUGCUGGGCUUGGUGCAAAUAUUGGAUGAGUAUAUGUGUUUGAAAAAGCAAAAGGAGAUGUUGCAUCAACAACGGGUCAUGGUGAUUCAAGAGAAAUACCGACUUCAAAUGUUUGUGCAAGGCCUGAAAAAUGUUAUAAAUACUUUUCAGAAGCCACUCUCAUUGAAUGUCGUAGGGAUGAGCACAAAUUCUGCAGUGGUUCCUCAAUGGAGGCUUUGUAAUGAAACUCCUUCAGGUGUUUCUUCUAUUGCAAGUAUUGGUUCUGCCAUGCAAAACACAUUUGGGAACUUCUCAACACCAAUGAUUAGUGCGUCUGACAAGAAGAGAAAAGAUACUGAAAUAGUAAAUGGGCCUGCAGUAGGAAAGAAACCUCGUGGUAGACCACCUGGGAGGAAAAAUCAAGUCCAAGGUCAAAACACACUGCCUCAAUCAAGUAAUGUUGUCAACAAUCAAGUAGUUUCUUGGCAAUCUUCUUCUUCAACUCUACCACCAUCUGGGAUCUGUGCACCCAACGGAUCACAGGUUCAAGGAUCCAAUGUUGCCAAAGGCUCAUUCAAUCACCCUCUGUUUUUCGUUCCAAACCAUUCACAAAUUCUAGAGACACCUCCUAGAACACAAUCCUCUCACUGUGAUACAUAUGUAUCCCCUACUAAUUUUCUUGUUGCACUACGAUUUCAACCGAUAGAGUUAUGUUUGACCCUGAAAAACAAAUGGCUUAUAAAGAGAGCAGUCAUUGCAAUUCUCCUAUCGAAGCAGAUACAGGAAAAACAAGUAAGAAGGAUGAUGUAAGGGGCAAACUGAACUUCGAUGCCUCUAAUAUGCCUGAGAGCUUGGACAAAUCAUUGGCUAAUGAGGUUUCUACAUCUGAGUUGGACAAGGGAGUUGUCAUAUCUGACAUUGAUUUUUCAAACUUGGACUGGUCACUCCAAGGAACCAGUUUCGAAGAUUUUUUUGACCCUAUAGGUCUAACUGAUUCCAAAGAUAAUGCUUCAAGUUCAAGGUCUUCAAAUGAACUACAAGUAAGCACCAAUAAAAAUUUGAAUGUACAAGGCCUUGAUAGUCAACAUGUCUGACUGCGAUAAAAUCUGACACAAAGUGGACCUGCAGUUGCCCUUAAUUUGGGAUAUCAAACACCAUUAGUUUGUUCCUUAGCCUCUUAGCUUGUUUGGUCAUUAGGUAAGGCUAAAAUGGUUAAUCUUUUAGUGAUUGGAGAUGACUUUAGCCCAUGUUGUUUCUUGUUUACUUAAACCAAAAGGGAAUAAGUUAUUGAAAAGGAAUUCAUUUGAAAAACUUCUUAAGCUGCUACAAAUAUUGUUGGUUGUGUAGAAAAUUAUUGCAUGCCAGAUAACAAUUGAUUGAUUUGAUCUUAGCAGUUACUCAUUACUAUAAUGGAAUAAAG